GAGCUGGAAACUCGUAAUUGGGGAUCAGGUUUAUAUCAGAAUGAUGUCCUGUGGCGGCGGCUUGGUCGACACCUGGUCAAGCAGAAACGAAUCAUAUCAGUGCUAAGUCCGUUUCGCCAAGAUGUUGCUCAGAAACUUGCGGAUUCAAUUACGGCCUUCAACGACUACCUUAACUCCGGCAACCCCUUGCGGCUGGAACAGCUGUUGCAGGCUGUGGAUGACGCUCCGCAGCUGUUGUACUACAGGCACUGUUCCGAUUUGGAACUGCGAAGCCACUUCCUUCUUGCUUUGGGCGGCGCAAUCCGAGCAGCUGAGGGCUCAGCCGCGUCGAAUGCGGCGACACGCCUACGAAUCCUUGCAGGGCGAGUGGCCGGAACUUUCUUCAGCGUUGGCGGCACGAACGUGCUGCAGCCUUGGCUUGAUGCCAGGUUGACGGGGUACUGCAGGUUAUGGCAGGCAGCCACGGAAAGUAUCACUCAACGGUUCAAGGAGGAGUUGCGAGACCGCUUGGCUUCUACCAUAACGAGGUAUGCCAGUCUUGCUGGAAAGGAUGCAGGUGUUGCCUCCACGACUGCAUCUCUCAAACUGUCUGGCUGGCCAAUGGCUGGCUGUCCCUUAGCACAUGAGUUCUCAGUUUUCGUAGCUGAGAAGUCUCCGCAUGGAGCCCUGGGACGAUGGAGCAGUCUGGAUUAUCAAGCCCAUACCAUGCAACCCGAAGUUCUCAUGCACGUCUGCCUUUCGGUCGGCGAGCUAGAUGUUGACACCACAGAUGCUCCACUUGCGCGGAUAUCGGUGUCACCUGGCCUUCUGGCAAAGCAGAUGCAGACAAUGACUGUGGAAGAUCCUCCGCCAGCUCAGCCCGCUGAUUCGCCUCUGGAGCUGGCGGCCUCGUCUGACGAGCGGUUGGCGGCAACGCCUCCAACCCCUCUGGAAGAGAUGCGCACUGUUGGCGUCUCUGUGCCUACCAGCACCUCGCAACGAACGGUAUUAUCCUUCGGAGGCAGCUCCAAGCCGAAGGGUUCCAUAAUCACGACAGGCAUGCUGAAUGCCGAUGGUGGUGACAGCGUGCCUCAAGCUCUAGGCUUCGAGGCCGCCACGAGAAGCAGAGGGAACGGACUGCGUGUCGCGCAGGAAGCCAGCAAGGAAAGCCGCGAUGCUCCUAAACUCGUUCGAAGGUCUAUCGACUGGGGUGAUGUCUCCUUUCUCCAGCGGCUGGUGCGACGAGGGCUGAAGGCAGCAGACGCUGGAUGGAAGCAAUCCUGGGAAGAGUUGUGUGAGGAGAAACAAAUUUCGCCGAGCUUCUUUGUCCAGAAGCCAUCGAGAGAGGUCUUGGUGGAGUUCGUAGAGGCGAACCUGUGCCAGACCACUGGCAAGGCAUGGGCACAAGCUCUGUUGUAUAAGAAAGAGGGCGAGGACGACCCUGCCCCAACGGACGAGUUGUCUGACCAGGACUCAGAUCCCCCCGCCGUGCUUCAAUCGGAUGACAUCCAGGUUUCCGCUUCGGAAUCUUCCUUUACGCCGCAGCCGAGCCAGUCUGCUCCCUCCACCGUGAGACUCCAGGAUCUUGGGGAAGGAGUCUCGAAGCCGAAAGUUGGAAGCGAUGGAAGCGAGCAAGAGUCGCCGCAGCGUGUGGAGGAUGCAGCGCAGCCGCCGCAGCCGCCGCAGAGUGAGGCAGACGAGGCUUUUCCAGACGCACCAAUGGCGUCAAAGGUGGAACCUGAGGAGAGAGUGGCAGAGGAGGCAGAUGCCGCGCUAUCUGAAGUUCCGCCGGAGCUUGCUCCAGGCAAGGCGGGUAAGAAGGAGAAGAAGGAAAAGAAGGACAAGAAAGAAAAGAAAAAGGACAAGAGAGCCAAGAAAGAGAAAAAGGAGAAGUCAGACCCGACAACGGAAGCACAGCCGAGAGAGUCCAAGAGGCAGGCACCACAGGUUGCAAUUGUGGCGGCGCAGCUUGACAGCUCCAGCGAUUCGAGCAGUGCCGAGAUUGGGCAUUUGGAUAUUCUGGCUGGCGGGAAGACCUGCCUAGUCGAUGCUUCAAGGGCCAUGCUUUGCCAGAUACCUCACAGUUCGCACGUCAAGUCGAGCUUUACUGAUGCAGUCAACGGCUCAACGGGAUUCCAUGACUUGGAGACAAUUGGCAGACUUUCGGAGACAGAGGUGCUGGACUUCUUAGAGUCCCUUCGUGUUUAUCCAGGCCAUAAGCUACGGCUCCUUCGAGCCAUCGAAUGCUUGCGGCAUGCCGUGCUGGGAGCCGAUAGGCGGGAGGAGCAAAUGCUUGAAGAUGACGCGGCCUUGCAGCGGCUGUGCUCACAGAACUCUGAGCUGACACGAGGCAAGGUAGAAGCUGAGAAUGAAAGCAAGAAGUGGCAGCAAGAGACUCGCAGAUUGCUUGAAGUUAUCCGUGAUCAAGGAGCAGAGCUGCAGAAGCAGCGUGACAAAGUUUUAGAACUUGAGGAACUGGUUCAAGCCCAGACCGAACAGGUGGAUUUUCUGACCAGCCAGCUGCAUGCACUGGCACAGGCUGCUGGGCCAGAGACUCUGAAUGACAUGUUCCAAUCUCACAAGGGUCGUGGGGUGGAUUGGGGGCUCAGAGACACCGAGUCUCCACAGCCAGAUUUGCCUGUGCGAGCUAGAGCCUUCAGCGACUCAGACUCAUUGACGAUGCCGACACCUCUGGGAGGAUACCUGCAUGAGCCCGCUGUGGAACCACCGCGGGCCAAGUUCGCAAAGUCCAUGGAGAUUCCAUCUGCCAACGCCGAAGUGGAUAAUCUCAUAAGGUGUCUCGCAACUGCACUGCAGAACAAAGUCAUACUGUCGGUGGGAAAGCCUCGGCCCCACACCGGAUCAGUUGAAUGCCUGGCUGCUUGUGCCAUUUUCUUGGAGCCUGUUUGCAAAGAUAUGUUGGAAAAGCAGGUGCGACCUCGAGAAGCGUGUGGUGAGGGAUUUCCUGGCAACGAGCAAAGUGAUUUCGGCACGCCUUUGUCUAGCAUGUGCUCGCCAUUGAUGUCCAAAGAAUCAUCUGCGCAGGUCUCCGAAUCCUUGAACAAGCCAAGCCAUCCGUUCAACUCAAUUGCAGUUCGACGGAUUCCGAACAAAUGGGACAUAUAUGAUUUUCUUGAGCUCGUUAUCCAUGCAUUAGAGGUCCAUCCGGAGGUCAGCGUUGUCACGUUGGUGUAUUUGGAUCGGUUCUGUGAGACAAGUGGCAUUGCUCUGACGCCAGACAAUUGGCAAAGAUUAACAAUCACUGCAAUGAUGCUUGCUUCAAAGGUGUGGUAUGAUGAGUCCUACGAGAACGUAGACUUUGCCCAGAAAUUCGAUCUCUACAGCUUGGCAGAGAUCAACACCUUCGAACGCAUCUUUUUGAAAUGCGUCUCUUAUGACAUGUCUGUAAAAGCCGUACAGUAUGCACAGACUUAUUUCUUCUUAAGAACUUUGGGAGCAAAGGAUUCCGUAGAGUUCACCCUCCAGCCGUUAGACGAAGUGGGAGAGUCGCCCGUCAAGCCGGCUUGGGCAUGGGGCCUGGUCCAUCGCAAGUUGCGAUGGGUGUUCAUCACCUCAUGGAUGGCACAUCCAGCCAUCAUGACCGUGCCGUUCAUGACGCCCGAGAUGAUUCACGGGCCUUCGCACUAUCACCCAAUGGCCAUGAUUGUGGACCCAGCCAUGGUGAUGCCUAAGUUUAAAGAGAAGCAUGAGAAGAAGAGCAAGAAGGAUCACAGGGAGAAAGAGGCACGCCAACGCAGCUUCGCAACAGAGCUGGGGAAUGCUGGCGACAAGGCAACUGCUGCCUUGAAGAACAUGCUGUGUCAGUGUCCAGGAGAAGCGGCAGCUAAAGCAAAAAGAGAAAGUCAUGUCGAUAUCUGCGAAGAGCCAGUGGCUCAAGAGCUGAAAUCCAGGCUGGAGGGAGCCGAUGUUGCGAAUUUGUCCUAUUCUGUGUACAGCAACACCCUAUGGGACGGCUCGCUGCUUCUCGCCUCGUUUCUGCGGUCCCAGCCGUGGCGUGUGCGGGGUCAGCGUGUUCUGGAGAUUGGCGCUGGAUUGGGCUUGCCCUCCAUCGUCGCUGCUGCCAUCGGCGGCCACGUUAUCGCGACGGAACAGUCACCAGUUGACUUGCUUCGUCGAGAGGUCUGUCGGAACAAAGAAGUUAUUGCGGCAGGAGGUGGUUCCAUCGAUGUUCAAGAGUUGGACUGGGCUGAGAGUCCAGAACACAUCAGCCAGCGUCUGGGCUCCUUUGACGUGGUGCUGGGGUGUGACAUUCUGGCUGGUGUCAAGCCGGGCACUGCGCGCAGCUCUCGGAUGCUCUCGGUGUCCUGUGCAGAAAUUUGCCAUUGCUUCGCAAGCAGAGGCAUUUCCGCCAAAUUCUGGACGUUGUUCAGAGCGUUGGCACAGUUUCAUCCUCGGCUUCUAUUUCAAAAUGGCUACGGCUCAACGCCAUUUCGGCUCGAACUGCACACUGAGUUGAUACCUGACCCGCG